AUGGGUCUACUCUCGGCUGGUCUUACUGCACUAUUCGCCCGGGAUUCAUCAUAUCUACCGUCUUUCCCCAACAUCUCGUCGGUAGCGCACCUCCCAGACCCACGCGCCUUUGUCUCUGGCAGGACCGUGUUUUUCGGUCUCGUCUGCCUGAUAGUGAUUCUCAUACUAGCUUAUCUCACCAAUCCGUCCGAAGCGUCCUUUCGCACUUUCCUCACUGAACAGGUCUUCCGGCGGCAUUUGCACAAGCUUCACGCAGAAGACACUGAAGGGGGCGCUGAUCUUGAGUCAUUAGAACGCACGUCGUUGACAAACGGCAUUCGGCAUCCAAAGGGAAAGCGCUAUUCGCUUUCAUACAAGUCCGCUUCCGGCGCACUCUUCGGACGUGGAUCCUCCAGAGUAGUGUCGAAACCGCCUCGAGUACACUUCACGAGUCGUCUCGCUGUCUCUCUUCAAACACCUGCGCACAUUUUCAGGACCUAUGGUGUGUGCACGAUCGCGGUGACCCAGCAGGUCGAUACUGCUUUACCAUUUGGUUGCAUUCUCGCCACCUGCGAACAUGCGACGUGUAGUGCCCAUCCUUCGGGUGCUGGGCAAGCCACGACCGUUCAAGAGGCAAAGAUUCGCGGGACGUGGUACAUUGGAGCAUUCGGAAGAUGGUGGGUCGGUGGAGAUUUGGAAUUCCUGCGCGAAGAUCUCAUGGCUAUUGCCAACACGGGUAACGUCGCACCUGGCCAGGGGACGCAAGGAGAUCUUAAAAGUGGGCACUACAAUGUCAAAGUUCUCGAUUCCCACGACGCAUUUGAAGGCCUGCCUAUCACACGGCCCUCCCCAACUAUCGACACUACAUCUCAAGCUGAAUGCUCUACAACCGCCGUAAAAACACGCUCUAGAGCAUCCACUCGGUCUGUCAAACAAACGGUCACACCCAUCUCGUCUCGAAGCUCGACCCCUCCUCCAGCAGGAUCUCGAACGAUCAACAUUGCGGCCCCGCAAACAGGUCGUUCGACCACGCGUAAAUCACGGUCAAACUCUAGCGUAGAUCCUUUACUAUCCACUGACGGUUCGCAUCCUCCGGAAGUGACAAAGAUCAUUCAAGAAAUCGCAAAGUCUCAGGCUGCAGUCCAAGAGCUUCGCGAUCAACUGAAUGCAUUUCAGUCACAGACUUUUGCCUCUCAGUCUUCGCUGCGUAUAGCCCUUGAGGAGCAGCGAAAUCGGAAGAAGCAGGAGGAUGCCGCAAGGUUGGACGUCAAGGCGCGCACAAAGACACUGGAGGAAAACAAACGAAACGCUGACGCUGGCAAGCGCGAUGCCGAUAAGAAACUCAAGGCGGCUCAAACCGCACGCGAUUUCGCCAUCAAUCGUAUACAGCGCUUAUCGAGCGAAAUCACUGCGAUGCACCAAAGGAUGGAGAGCGGAAACGAGAAGCGACAGAAGAGUCAACAGGAGGUCGCACUCAUGGAAGCGCAGUCCAUGGCGGACAUGGAUGCGAAGCGUAAUGAGAGCAAGGCUCUCGAAGACGUAAUUGGAGAGCUUGGCAAUCAGGCCAAAGAUUUGGAAGAGACGUUGACCAAAGAGCGCGAGCGGCUCGCCGGGCUCAAGGCAGAGGUGGAGAAGAAGAGACAACAAUACCAGAAACAGCAAGAGGCGGCUCUUGUCCUUGCGCUUCAAAUGCAGCAAACAGCCACUGCUGGUGGCGGUUUUCCAAGCAUGGAGGACAUUGGGCUGGGCACCCUCGACUCUCAGUCACCGUGGAAUGUGUUCAAUCCUGUCCAGAAUUAUACCCAAGGUCUUCCCCAAAGCCAUCUUCCCAACUUUAUUCCUUUGGAGGCACUCACUUCUUUUGUUCAACCUCCACGACGACUCUCUGGAGAGCUCGUCCCAAUGUUACAAGAGAGCCCGGCAGUUCCUACUGCUGUGCCCUCUAGUCGCUAUCGAUCGCUGUCGUUGGGCGAGCUCUCCAAUAUGCCGCCUCCACCCCCCAUUUUCCCAGGCGUUGUUGAACCUCGUCCAUCUCUCAACCCUGGAGACGAUGGAUUUUCGCCAUUCGACGUGGACGACCGGGAGCGAGUGACACCUCUCCCAACGAGCGCUUCAUUCUCUUCACUUAACUCAGUGGCCGCUGGUCUUCUUCCAACCAAUCUUGUCAAUUCGAUGGAGACGGAGAGUCCGAUCAGCCUACUACCUCCCGCGGGUGUAUCCGAACCGCGUAGUACGUCUGAGUCACGAUGGAAGUCAUCAAUGUGGCCGUUCAGAUCGGAUAGCCUUUCUAAGAGCACACCAGCCUCAGGCUCAGCCCCAACGUCGAAACGCAGAUUUGACCCCUUCGACUUGUAUCACAUCCGAUCCAAGACUACGCCCGAGGAUGGAGAGGAGCCCUCCCAACCGCCGGAAAGCAACAAGCCUCAGGGGUCUGUUGCCAAAAAGUGGUUCUCCAAGUCUGCAUCUGCGACGAUGACGGAAAAUCUGGAUAUGCCUUCCCAGGCGGUCAGCGCACCUGAGAGCGCCGCAUUGGCGUCAAAGUCGCGCCUGAACCCGGAUGCAAAGGUUUUCAGUCUUCCAAAAGGCCGGUCCUUACUUAGCAGCGCGUUGUGGACGCACGACGGGAUGGCACCUCUUCCACCGAUCAAUGUCCGUCCGGGCACUUUUAGUAUUCAACCACCGGCCGAAUUUGUUUCUUCCUUUUCUUCCACCGCAUCGCUGCCUCUGCCUACUCCAAGCUCCAAUGGGUCAGGGAUUGUGAGCACCGCACCAUCGUCAAAGCCACGGUUCCGAGGGCUCUUUUCUUCACCAUUUGCCCCCUCUCCUGCCGAGCGGGAGGCUUUACAAAGAGCACUGGAGAAGAAUCUCAGUCAUGACCGAAUUUCAGUCACCUCUGACGGAUCUGGAGAUGGAAGAAUGCCUCCGAGUCCCUUUGGGAUCACGGCGCCGACUGGGUCUUUGUUUGACGUGGACGAGGAAGAUACCGAUUCGGGAUGGGGCAAGGUUCUCAAGUCGGUGGCAAACAGGAAGAGCUCGGGUGGAGAAGGGAUUGCGCGCCAGACGACGCGCUAG